AAGAAGAAGAAGAAGAAGAAGAAGAAGAAGAAGAAGAAGAAGAAGCAGCAGUCAGUCAGCCGUCCUCGCUCAGACCACAGCGCCUUUAUUAUUGCUGUAUUAUCUUCAGAGACUCUCAGAUUUCAGACCAUGAGUGUUCUGGGUUCUUCUGUGACCCAGUCAGCCGUCGACAGGCGGGUCGAACCAGUGAGAGGAUCCACUUUGCUCCUCCACGUCCCUGCUGCGGCUCGUGCUGUCAGCACCGGGGGACGAUGAUGUGUGUCCAGCUGCUGGUGCUGGUCGGUACCGCGGCCGGUCUGCUGACGGUACCGCCGGUGUCGUGUACAGCAGACGAGGUGACAGUGAAGACUGGAGAGGACGCCACGCUGCCGUGUCAGGCUCACACAGGCGCCUCCAUCACAGUGAUAAAGUGGAGCAGAUCUGAGGAAUAUGUCUUCUUCUUCAGAGAAAAACGCUCCUAUGAAAACUACCAGCAUCCGUCUUUUCGUGGUCGAGUGGAGCUGAGAGAUCCACAGAAGAAGGAGGGAGACGCUUCUGUUGUCCUGAAGAACGUCACCGCCGACGACUCCGGGACCUACGAGUGUGUCGUUUCAAUGAGAGGACGACGCAGAAAGAGAGCAGCUGAGUUCAGACGCAUCGUCCACCUGAAGGUUGAAGACUCAGGUCCUAAAGCUGGAGGGAACAAGGACGAAGGGAACAAGGACAAAGGGAACAAGGACGAAGGCAACAAGGACGAAGGGAACAAGGACAAAGUGAGCAAGGAUGAAGGGAACAAGGACAAAGUGAGCAAGGAUGAAGGGAACAAGGAUAAAUGUUCUGCAGUUCUGUUGGGCUUCUCCUUGUCGCUGUUGUUGGUAUUCUAGUCUUUAGACGUCUUUCCCAAAGACGACCUCCUGCUCCAGUGAUGAGCCCUCUGCAGGACUGAAGGCUCUCUGGCCUGUUUCUCUCUGAAUGUUGGUUAAACCCUCUGAGAUCUUCAUCCCUCAGUAGGAAACCGGACUGAAGACGAAGAGGAACCUGCUGCUGCCACAGGACUGACGGCUCGCUCUGCAGCACUACAGGUCUCUUCAGUCUCUACCUGCCGGGUUGAUCUGAACAUGAAGGACUUCUGCAGCAGGAGCUGUAGUUACACUCGUCCACAAGUCCAUCGCUGACUGAACGAUGUUGGCGCUGCUUGACCAAGACAGACAGAGAGAUUUUGACAAGACAGUGGCCUUAACUUCAAAAACCAGCCUUGACUCCACAAACCAGCCUCACCUCCCAGGUGUUGUGUUUCCAGCACAUCUGACUUCAGCAGGUCAUCUGACUCAGUAAACCUGGUUGCUGCAGCUGUUGGAGGGUUUGUGUCCUGUGUGGAAGCAGCAGCGAGCCUUAUGACAGGGAAGAAGUCAUUACUGAUGUAACGCCUCUUUUUAAACGCCUCGUCUCCCUUGUGCAUCCUCACCUUCCACGGCAGGAGAACGAGAAUGUUUGAGUAAAGUGAGAAGUAGAACAGGAUGUUAACAUUUUUUAGUACAUCGUAUGCAAACAAACCAAAGUGAUGCUCAGGAGGCGUUAACAGUUUGUAGACCUGGUUGGCUGGACAGGGUUGUGACGGUCUGACACCUAAACAGGAUCCUGCACUCGUCAGAUAGAAGCGUGAGAUCCAGGCAGCUCCUGUAGUUACAUAACUGUGAUUUUUGUGAUGCUUUGUGCUUCUCUGGCAACCAAAAUAGGAAAAAAACACCAAAUGUGUGUGAGAAAGUCACAGAGACUUUAGGAACUUCACCCUGGAAAACAUCGUCCCUUUCUGCGAGAGACAGUCCAUCAGGUCCGCUAUUCAGGAAAACCAUGCAGAUCUCAGCGAUAUGAUCCGGACCGUCACGCCUCUUUUGGUCCUGGUGGGCUGUUUGAGCUGACACACUGGAGCGGCUGUAAGUCGGCGCCGCUCGGUUCCACUCAGUCCAUCAGUCGAGCUUUAGUUCCUCCUCAGAACAUCCUACUGAAACUCAACCUCACACCAAGUGAAUUCAUUUCUCAUGUUAUGAACCAUGAACUGCACUGACAUUAUUCUUUUACGUUGAGAUUAAAAGGUGAAUUUCUAUAAAAGAAAAGACACUGAUGAUAUUUUAACCACUAAACUUUCCACAUGGAGUUUAAAUCAGACAUUUUAUUUUGCCUCCGUGUCGCCUGAUGACUUCAUCGCCUUCCUUUAUCAUCGACUAAACUGGAGUUCUUACUGAGGAGAUGAACUCCGUCAUGACAUCAGAAGUUCACUAAUGAAAUAAGAAUAUAUUUGUCCAACAGACACUUUUAGGAUCGUGUUUGUGCCUGUUGAAAACUGACUGAAGUGUUCUUAUAUUUUGAUAUUUUUUCAAUUGGUCGGUAAAAGAUUUUCAUAAUGUUUCAAGCUGUUUGUACAGAUGUUUUAUACAUGAUGAUAUAUAAUAUAUUGACUGACAGCUCGUGCAGGUCCGGUGACCUCAUGAGGGAGCAGCUGUCGAGGGAAAUGUGACGUUGUCACUUCACUGAUCUGAUCCAGGGAGAGAAACACUGGAUGGUAUCAGACGGUUGAAUGCUGAUGCUAACUAUGGUCAACGGAGUGUCGACGACAGUGUUUACAUCAUGUGAGGGUGGAUGUCAUAUUUGCACACGUUUCUGAUGAAAGUGCCUUAAAACAGGAUGUAAGAUGGCGUCGGUCGAUGCAGGUGGCUGAUCGCUCGCCGCAGAGACGCCAUUUUGUCCUCAUCAGGCGAGUUUCCAACUGGCUCUCAGCGUCUUACUGCAUCUGGAACGCUCCAUGAGAUUUUCAGUUGCGUUAUUUAUGUGUUUAUUUAAAGGAAUAAAACUCGACAGUGUAGCCACCUGUAGUUACACGUUCAUGUGAUUUAAAGGAAAAUGUAUUUUAUACAUAGUUUAUGUGGAUUUUAAAGCUGUUUGAAAAAUGUGUUUGACAAUAAAUGAGUUUACAUUAACUGUCUACUGCAGAAAUGAUCAGUUGUUAU